AUGGCUUGCAAGAUUACUUGGGUUUCUUUUUUCAGAUCUCUACUGUUGUCAUUGCUCGUCGUUGGUAUUGUAAUUGCUUGCUUCACUCUCCCUGUUGAAAAGAUGCUAAAGGAUUUCUUGGUAUGGGUAGACCAAGACCUUGGUCCUUGGGGUCCUCUUGCAUUAGCUGUGGCAUACAUCCCUCUCACGAUAUUGGCAGUUCCAGCUUCAGUGCUUACACUGGGUGGUGGGUAUCUCUUUGGUUUGCCUAUCGGCUUUCUUGCAGAUUCUAUUGGUGCUACAUUGGGUGCGGGAGCUGCAUUUCUUCUUGGGCGAACUCUGGGGAGGUCAUUUGUGAUCUCCAAGUUAGAAGACUAUCCGCAGUUUAAUGCAGUUGCAAUUGCAAUUCAGAAGUCAGGAUUUAAGAUUGUUUUGCUGCUUCGGCUAGUCCCUUUACUUCCAUUCAACAUGCUCAACUACCUCUUGUCUGUGACUCCUGUCCCGUUAGCUUCAUACUUGUUGGCUUCCUGGUUGGGCAUGAUCCCAAUUACUCUUGUCCUGGUAUACAUUGGGACAACUUUAAAGGAUAUUUCAGAUGUGACUCAUGGAUGGAGUGGAUUAUCUAAAACCAGAUGGGUAAGCAAGCUUCUCUUUUUCCCAAUAUUAGUUAAACGAGAUCAUUCGGUUGCCUAUUCUUUUCAAGUUUUUGUGUUAAUGAUCUAUGUUACCCGAGUCGCAAAAGCUGCUUUAGAUAAAGCAUUAGCGGAGACCGAAGUUACGAAUGGUGAUAUCUCCUCAACUGAACAACCAGCUGAAGCCAGCGACUUGGAAACUCUCCAUCAGCCACUUCUAAUUAAGGUUGACGAUGAUGCUUCUCAAGAGAACCUCGAAAAGUAG